AUGAAUGCGGUGGUGAUUGCCAUAUCUGUUGGUUCUUUAUUGCGGACUCAGAUGCAAAGUCUGAUUUUGAAUCGAACAACAAUUGAGGAUUCACAACUGAGUUUCAUCGACGAAGAUGAAUUGAACAAUGGAUUUUCCAUAUUUGAUCUGGGAACUAAGUUCAAGAACUUCUGCUCAAUCUUUGGCUACUCUCCUACAACAUGGCUCCUGCCUAUAUUCACUACGCCCGGAGAUGGUGUCAACUAUCCGUACACUGUCCGAUACGGCAAGGAGUUGGUGGGACAGGGUGGGCCACCUCGGAGAAAGCGAUUUUACGAAAUUUGCUAGAU